AUGAGCUACGACCGCGCCAUCACCGUUGGGCCUGAUGGCCACCCCUUCCAAGUGGAAUAUACGCAGGAGGCCAUCAAGAAGGGCUCAAUGGCAGAGGAAGGAACAUUGUUGUUCUUGGUGUGGAAAAAAAAAAAAUCAAUGGCCAAACUACGAGAUGAAAGAAUAGUGCAGAAGAUCUGUGCCCUGGAUGACAAAGUCUGCAUGGUCUUUGCAGGCCUCACUGCAAAUGCAAGGAUAGUAACCAACAGGGCCCAGGUGGAAUACAUCACCCGCUACAUCGCCAGUCUGAAGCAGCAUUACACACAGAGCAACGGGCACAGACCAUUUGGCAUCUCUGCCCUUGUUGUGGGUUUUGACUUUGACGGCACUCCCAGGCUCUAUCAGACAGACCCCUCAGGCACAUAUCAUGCAUGGAAGGCCAAUGCCAUAGGUUGGGGUGCCACGUCAGUAUGUGAGUUCCUGGAGAACUAUACUGAUGAAGCCAUUGAGACAGAUGACCUGACCAUCAAGCUGGUGAUCAAGAAACUCCUGGAAAUGGUCCAGUCAGGUGGCAAAAAUAUUGAACUUACUGUCAUGAGGAGAGAUCAGCCCCUCAAGAUUCUAAAUCCUAAAGAAAGUGAGAAAUAUGCUGCUGAGAUUGAAAAAGAAAAAUAA